CCAAUCCCGAGCCGGCAAAUUCGGGACAUUGCCUUCCCCCGCUUGACUGCUUUUCCCGUCCGCGUUCGCUUAACUCACUAACCGCUCUGAGUGGAAAACUUUUCAAGUUGGACAAACGCGACAGCUAAAGAGGGAGCUUCGCUGUGACGGGUUUGGCCCCCCUCUCUGACUGGCCAAGCCUCCUCCACCGCCAUGCCUCUAGUUACCAGGAACAUCGAGCCACGGUACGUGUGCCGCCAGCCCAUCCCGAAGAGCAUCCGCAGCGAGCUGGAAUGCGUCUCCAACAACAGCCUGGCCGCCGUCAUCCGACAGCUCGGCUGUCUCAGCAAGGAAGCCGAGGAUGUGUUCAGGGGUCUGAUGAAGGAGGCCAGAGACUUCUCCGUCCGGUUGGAGGCGCUCGGGGAUCGAGUGGAGAGUCUGCAGUUGAAAGUCACCCAGCUGGACCCCAAAGAAGAAGAAGUUUCUUUGCAGGCUAUCACCACUCGCAAGGCAUUCCGCAGCAGCGUGAUUCAGGACCAACAGAUGUUCACACGGCCCUCGCUGCCCAUGCCAGUGCAGUACACCUACAUCACGUGCGACCCGCCUCCGCCGCUCAACUACCUCAGCCCAUACCGCGACGAUGGAAGGGAGGCCCUCAAAUUUUACACGGAUCCCUCCUACUUCUUUGACCUGUGGAAGGAGAAGAUGCUGCAAGACACCAAAGACAUCAUGAAGGAGAAACGAAAGCACAGAAAGGAGAAGAAAGACCACCUGAACCAGCGGACCCUCAACCCGCGUAAGAUCAAAACCAGGAAGGAUGAGUGGGAACGCCGCAAGAUGGGCGAAGAGUUUGUGGUGCCCAAGAACGAGCUGAUGAGCUCCUUGGAGGGUCUGAACGGCAGUCUGGGAUCUGGCGACGAGGGCCUGGAUUUGAGCACGGGCUCCUACGCGUACGAUCCGCUGCCACCGCCCGGCACCGAUGACUUUCUGCCUCCGCCGCCCCCCGACAUGUCGUACGGCGACGGCGGCAACCAGAAGCGCAUCAGCAUCCUCAGCCCCAGCCACCCGCCGCCAGCUCCUCCCGUGGCUUCCCCUCCGUCCAACUCUCGCCCCCACCUCUCCCCUCCCCCCGCCCCUCCUCCUCCACCCCCGCUGUCUGAUUUCGGGGCACCCCCGCCUCCCGAAGGCUUCGACGGCCCUCCCGCACCUCCCUCGGGCGCCUUCCUCUCGCCGCCCGCCAUGGGCCCUCCGCCACCGCCCCCCAUGGUCACGAGCGGGGGCCCUCCUCCCCCUCCGCCACCGCCCCCUCCCCCCGGACCUCCGCCGCCGUCCUUCAACGCUCCCGCCCCCCCUCCUCCUGCCGCCGUUGCGCCGGCAGCGGCCAACGCGGCACCCAAACACCAGCCCGCCCCCGAGGGCGACGCCCGCAGCGACCUGCUGCAGGCCAUCAGACAAGGCUUCAAUCUGCGCAAGGUGGAGGCGCAGCGGGAACAGGAGAAGCAAAAUCACUUCGGCAACGACGUGGCCGCCAUCUUGUCGCGGCGCAUCGCCGUGGAGUGCAGCGACAGUGAGGACGACUCGUCCGAGUUCGACGACGACGAGUGGUCCGAGUGACGGGGCCUUCCUCCGCCCCUCUUUGCCGUCAUUGCCUUCAGGUUAGCACAGACGGAAAAAGUCCACAGAGUCUCAAUCACAUUCCUUCACUUGUUUCUAUUUAUCUCACUGAUUUUCAUUCCUGCCAUAACGGCGGUGUGUCCUCUCGAAUCAACACAUCGUCUUUAAGAACCUCCCCCUUUUUUUCGGGGGGAUUAUUAUAAGUGUAAUAUUAUACAGCAGUUUUAAGUGUGACACAAAGUGGAAGUCACAAGCAGAACACAAUUGCACGACUCGACAUGGAAUUGGCCAAUUGACAAAAUGGUGGGGACCACCUGAUUCUCAAGUGCCUUUGUUUUCAUUUAAUAUGUAAAUUCAAUUUUGUGUCUGUGUAUUCACAUGCAACUCGCUUUUCCAAAGGGAUGAUGUAGUUUUCAUUUAUUCACGCUCCCAAAGACUGUCAACAAAAAAAUUAUCUCGUUAAAAAAACAAUUAUAAUAAAUUUUGAAUUUAU